AUGCCCCUGACCCUCUCACUUUCCAUAGGACUUGGGCGGCCGGCGCGGCCGGCAGGAGUGCGGCUGACAAGACACGGGCGGCAGCCGAGCUACAGCUGGCAGGUAGGCAGGCAGGCAGCAGAGGCGCGCCUCAUUCUGUUGCGGGGCGCGCCCUUCUGCGACACCGAUUCCCGGGCUCACGUACGGCACGUGAAGAGACGCGACACGGCGAUACCGCAGCUAUCUGCCGCCCUCCGGUAUAAGGGGCAGCUCCGUGGGCGGCGGCGGCACGCGCUGGCGGCGGGCUGCGACGCCUGGAGCGUCCACCUGUACAACGUGACCGACGCCAGCGUCGAGGAGGGCGACGCGCACGGCCGCCUCGGCAUCAUCUUCCCCGGCACCAAGUGGUGUGGGUCUGGCAACGUGGCGUCCGACUACGACGACCUGGGCCAGUUCGCCGACACGGACGCCUGCUGCCGCGCUCACGACUCCUGCCCAGACGUCAUCGAGGCGGGCCAGAUGGCGCACGGGCUCACCAACAAGGCCUUCUACACGAGGCUGGAGUGCACUUGCGACGAGAAAUUUUACGACUGCCUGAAGGCGGUGGACUCCCCCGUCAGCUUCCAGGUGGGCGUGGCCUACUUCAACCUGCUCAACACGCAGUGCUACCGCAAGGAUUACCCCAUCGUCGAGUGCAGGCGCUACUCCACAAUAAUCCGCUCCAGGUGUCUGGAAUAUCAGCUGGAUGAGUCUGCGAUGCCAAAGUAUCAAUGGUUCGACGUACCUUUGUACUGAAGAUGGGUAAUAAAAUCA